AUGUACCUUAUGAGUCAGCUGAUAUGGGGAGGAAGGUCAAACACUUUCACCAUCAAUUGCUCAGGCUUUGACCGACAUGGGGUGGACCCUGCUAUCUUCCAGACUAUAUUUAACCAGAAGGACUUCCGUCCAGUCAUCAACUACAGCAUCCCCAUUCAGGUCAACAUCUCCUUCACUUUGUCUGCCAUCCUGGAUGUGAUCUGGACUAACCCAUUCAUCAGCUGGGAUCCAGAAAAAUGUGGUGCUAUCAGUAAACUCACUGUGACAACUGAGAACCUGUGGCUCCCAGACAUCUUCAUCGUGGAAUCGUGGGUACCAGGACUAAGGAAUACUGGAAUGGAGAUCCUUUUGCAAGGAGCAGGCCAGGGCAGUGUAGGGCAAACCCAUUCAGUUGGGGCCACCAAAACUUAUUUCAGAGAGGAGCACAAUCACGGCUCACCAACUUCUCCCACAGAAAUGAAAAAGUGCAUGGAUGUGGAUCAGACCCCAGAAGGCCUCUCUGCAUAUGUGACUAAUGACGGUCACAUUGUGUAUAACAAACCAAUGCGGGUGACCAGCAUCUGUAGCCUGGACAUCUUCUACUUCCCCUUUGACCAGCAGAACUGCACACUCACUUUUAGCUCUUUCCUCUACACAGUGGAAAACAUGUUGCUGGGCAUGGAAAAGGAGGUGUGGGAGAUAGCGGACACGUCACGUGACAUCGUCCGCACACAAGGGGAAUGGGAGCUCCUGGGCAUCAACAAGGCCACCCCAAAGAUGUCUGUGGGCUCCAGUCUUUUUGACCAGAUCAUGUUCUAUGUGGCCAUCAGGCGCAGGCCCAGCCUCUACGUCAUAAACCUUCUUGUACCCAGCAGCUUUCUGAUUUCCACUGAUGCCCUCAGCUUCUACCUGCCAGCAGAAAGCGAGAAUCGUGCCCCAUUCAAGAUAACACUUUUGCUGGGCUACAACGUCUUCCUGCUCAUGAUGAAUAAACUACUUCCUGCUAGUGGCACCCCGCUCAUCAGUAUGCCCACCUCCUCACUAAAAGGGGGGAUUGGUGGUUCUUCUGGGCCUCAAUCACACAUGUUCCUUACCCCUAUCCCAGGCGUCUACUUUGCCCUGUGUCUGUCCCUGAUGGUGGUCAGCCUGCUGGAGACCAUCUUCAUCACCUACCUGCUACACAUGGCCACCACCCAGCCCCCACCCAUGCCUCCGUGGCUCUACUCUCUGCUCUUCCAUUGCACCAGCCCAGGGAAGUGCUGCCCUGUUGCACUCUGGAAUGAGAAUACAGGUCCAGGCCUCAUGUCUACUCACCUGCCUGGACUGAAGGAGCCAGGACAGUUGGUAGGGAAGGAGCUGGGAUCCAGAGAGGCAGAGCUGAAUGGGGGCUCAGGAUUGACAAGCACCCAGCUAGCUGACCGGUGGGUGCAGUUCAGCCACAUGAUGGACACCUUCCUCUUCCGCCUCUAUCUGAUCUUCUUGGCCUCCUCCAUUAUCACGGUCAUAGUUCUAUGGAACACCUAGGAGCUGAAUUCUAAUGGUGCAAGAGCAACCCAGUGUUCAAG